CGCGCAAGGCCCUUGCUUCAUCCAUCCCGGCGCCAGUCAGGCACCGGCGAAAGUUGGACGUUUCGUAAGUGACGAGGCGAAGCCAUCUCUCACCGACCGACCAGCCGACUCACCACGAACCACUGCCACAGCCUGGCCACCCACCCCCGCGCAAACACUCCAAACAAACUGUCGGAACCACCAUUGACUGGCCACUCAUCCUCAUCAUUAAAGCGACUCCAGCGACUCUCUGCGAGCAGGCCAAACACGCCCAGGCUAGCCAUUCCGGCCCGAAGGAAGCUCAGCUACCCCUGCCCGCCAUUGCUGCUGUAGCCGCGACCACAAUACGAGGGGAAACCCGCCAUGGCGAUCACGCGGCGAGGGAAGGACAAAGCCGCCAGGCAGGAGCGCGCCGCUGCUAGCGGCGGCUCAGGCGCUGGCGGCAGGCCCCAGAAGGCUACGUUCGACACGGGCAAGAAGAAGGAGAUUGGCGUCUCGGAUCUCACCCUGCUGAGCAAGGUGUCGAACGAGGCUAUCAACGAGAACUUGAAGAAGAGAUUCGAGGGCAGGGAAAUCUACACAUAUAUCGGCCAUGUGCUGGUGUCGGUCAACCCGUUCAGGGAUCUCGGCAUCUACACGGACCAGGUGCUCGACAGCUACAAGGGCAAGAACCGCCUCGAGAUGCCACCGCACGUCUUCGCGAUCGCUGAGUCGGCCUACUACAACAUGAAGGCCUACAAGGACAACCAGUGCGUCAUCAUCUCGGGCGAGUCUGGUGCGGGAAAGACCGAAGCUGCGAAGCGCAUCAUGCAGUACAUUGCCAAUGUGUCGGGGGGCGAGGGUGGCGACAUCCAGCAGAUCAAAGACAUGGUGCUGGCUACCAAUCCCCUACUGGAGUCUUUCGGCAACGCCAAGACGCUGCGGAACAACAACUCGUCGCGCUUUGGCAAGUAUCUGCAAAUACACUUCAACGACCUGGGCGAGCCUGUUGGUGCCGACAUCACCAACUACCUGCUAGAGAAGACGAGGGUGGUUGGCCAGAUCACGAACGAGCGCAAUUUCCACAUCUUCUACCAGUUCACCAAAGGCGCCUCGGACAACUACCGCCAGAUUUUCGGUAUCCAAAAGCCUGAGACGUAUCUGUACACUAGCAGGUCAAAGUGUCUCGAUGUUGAUGGCAUAGACGACUUGGCUGAGUUCCAGGACACACUGAACGCCAUGAAAGUCAUUGGUCUCUCCCAGGAGGAACAGGACAAUGUCUUCCGUAUCUUGGCCGCCAUCCUGUGGACGGGCAACCUGGUCUUCCGCGAGGGCGACGACGGGUACGCGACUGUCUCGGAUCAGUCCGUGGUCGACUUCUUGGCCUACCUGAUGGAGGUUGACUCCCAGCAGUUGAUAAACGCCAUCACCAUCAGGAUACUUACACCCAGAGAUGGAGAGGUCAUAAAGUCUCCCGCAAACGUUUCGCAGGCCACGGCGACCCGCGAUGCGCUGGCCAAGGCUCUGUACAACAACCUGUUCGAUUGGAUCGUGGAGAGAGUAAACCAGUCGCUCAAGGCUCGACAGCAGACGACCAACACGAUUGGUAUCCUGGACAUCUACGGGUUCGAAAUCUUCGAGAAGAAUAGUUUCGAGCAGCUGUGCAUCAACUAUGUCAACGAGAAGCUGCAGCAGAUCUUCAUCCAACUCACCCUCAAGACGGAGCAGGAGGAGUAUGCGAAGGAACAGAUCAAAUGGACCCCUAUCAAGUACUUCGACAACAAGGUCGUGUGCGAACUGAUCGAAAACAUCCGGCCGCCUGGAAUCCUGUCGGCCAUGAAGGAUGCCACAAAGACGGCGCAUGCCGACCCUGCCGCCUGCGAUCGCACAUUCAUGCAGAGCGUCAAUGGCAUGUCACACCCACAUCUCACGCCGCGCCAGGGCAGCUUCAUCAUCAAGCACUACGCCGGCGACGUCGCGUACACCGUCGACGGAAUAACGGAUAAGAACAAGGACCAGCUGCUGAAAGGCCUGCUGGGCCUGUUCCAGUACAGCCAGAACCACUUUGUGCACACUCUGUUCCCCAACGAGGUCGACCAGGACAACCGAAAGCUGCCGCCGACCGCUGGUGAUAGGAUCCGCACCUCGGCCAACGCGCUCGUCGAGACCCUCAUGAAGUGUCAGCCAUCAUACAUCCGGACAAUCAAACCCAACGAGAACAAAUCCCCGACCGAGUACAACGUGCCCAACGUUUUGCACCAGAUCAAGUAUCUUGGGUUGCAGGAGAACGUUCGCAUCCGCCGCGCAGGCUUCGCCUACCGACAGUCCUUUGAGAAGUUCGUCGAUCGCUUCUUCCUCUUGUCACCCGCGACCUCGUACGCGGGCGAGUACACAUGGCAGGGCUCGUACGAGGCCGCUGUGAAGCAAAUUCUCAAGGAUACUAGCAUCCCACAGGAAGAGUGGCAGAUGGGUGUCACCAAAGCUUUUAUCAAGUCGCCCGAAACGCUUUUCGCUCUGGAGCACAUGCGUGACCGAUACUGGCACAACAUGGCUACGCGCAUCCAGCGCAUGUGGAGGGCGUACCUGGCCUACAGGGCCGAGUCUGCCACUCGCAUCCAGAGGUUCUGGCGGAAGAAGAGGACCGGGGCCGAGUAUUUGCAGCUGCGGGAUCAGGGACACUCGGUGCUACAAGGACGCAAGGAAAGACGUAGAUACAGUCUGCUCGGCUCCCGGCGCUUCCUCGGCGACUACCUGGGCAUCAACGCCUCGACCGGCCCAGGCUCCCACAUUCGCACCUCGAUGGGGCUGGGCAGCAAUGAGAAGGCCGUGUUCUCGUGCAGGGGUGAGAUCCUGGAGGCCAAAUUCGGUCGCUCGAGCAAGCCUAGCCCUCGGAUGCUCAUCGUCACGAACAGCAAGUUCUACGUUAUUGCGCAGAUGUUGACUGGAGGCCAGGUCCAAAUAUCGACGGAAAAGGCGAUUCCCCUUGGCGCCAUCCGAUUUGUUGGAGCAUCAACUUGUCGUGACGACUGGUUCUCGCUCGGAAUCGGGUCGCCACAAGAAGCAGAUCCGCUCCUCAACUGUGUGUUCAAGACAGAGCUGUUCACCCACAUGCAGAAGGUCAUGCCCGGAGGAUUCAACCUUAAGAUCGCCGAGUCCAUUGAAUAUGCCAAGAAGCCUGGGAAGAUGCAGUUGGUCAAGGUUCUCAAGGACUCACAGUUACCCGUGGACUACUACAAGAGUGGAGGGGUGCACACGCAACAGGGCGAGCCUCCAAACUCGGGCUCGCGUCCGACACCACAGGGAAAGCCUGUGCCGGCGCGACCCAUUACUCGGGGCAAGCUCAUCAAGCCUGGCGGCCCGAACGGGCGUCCAUCGAGGGCGACGGCGAACCGCACGCCCCAGGCCCGACCCGCGGUUACACCUGCGGCUGCAGCAGUGUCAUCUCGGCCCGUCCCGCAGCCCCGCGCACAGGCAAACCCCGUGGUCAUGCCCGCGGCAGCCACGGCGAGCAUACCGGUGCGCGCUGCCCAGCCGACCGCGUCUGCCGUCCGCGCGCCACCUCCCCCUCCCCCGGCAGCCCCCCCUGCCAAGGCCAAAAUCAUGGCCAAGGUGCUGUACGACUUUGCUGGACAGAAGGAGAAUGAGAUGUCCAUCGAGAAAGGGGAACUGAUCGAAGUUGUGCAAAAGGAGAACAAUGGUUGGUGGCUGGCCAAGAAGGGAGAUCAACAGGCUUGGGUGCCCGCCGCAUAUGUCGAGGAGCAGAAGCAAGCUCCCCCACCCGUGGCUGCCCGAGCGCCUCCGCCGGCGCCGCCUGUGCAGAAUGGGGCAGGGAGAGAGAAGCCACUGCCGCCCGCGAAACGGCCAGCUGCGGGCAAGAAGCCCGUCAACCUACAGGCUCGCGACUCUGGCAUGAGCCUGAACGGAUCUGACAGCAGCCGCAGCAACACGCCGACGCCCAGCCUGGCUGGAAGUCUUGCGGACGCGCUUCUGGCCCGGAAGAACGCAAUGGCCAAGAAGGACCAUGACGACGAUUGGUGAAGAUGCGGCGUAGCAGCCCUUGUUUUUUUUUUUUUUUUGCGGUUUUGUUUCUUGUUCGUUUCGUCCAUAGGCUCGCUCAGUCUGACUAGCUCCAGGGUUCGAGAUGCAUUGUAGAUAGGUUAUUUAGAGCAGCCCCCGCGUUGGUUCCCGCUCGUGGGCGGUAGAAAUUUUCAUGAUGUUGUUUUGGUGUGAUCUUUGGCAUAGAGAUGCUCGGCUGACGUAUGUCGAGAGAAUGAACUUGAUUUAUCCAAGCGGAAUGUAUACAUUUUCUAUCAGGUGAC